UUGUGCAGAAGUUUUUCCGAGAUACGCAACUACUUCGAUCGAGAACGAGACCUACUUGCUGCGGCUGCCCGUGCAAAUUCAGGGGAGAGCGAACUGUCGCGCGAGGAUAUUUUGUUCAACGAGAUUUUUACCUAUUUCAAAGAGAGGGCCGUCUUGGUGUGGUUGUUACGACGAAUUCGAGAUGCAGAGCAGGGCAGCGCCAGAAACAGUAACGCUGCUGCGGGUAACGUGAAUGCAAAUCUUCAGUCGACAAGCUCUAGUACAAGGACGCUGCUCGAGAACGGCCACGCCAUGCGACUGUUGGGCGAAAAAGGAGCAGAACGCUUAGACAAGCAACGCGCACCAGCUGCUCGUCUGGCGAUACUGGAUUCGGAGAUCAAGACUGGAAGCACCAGAAGCAACCAUCACAACAAUGCACAAGUUACCUGCGGCGCUGCCGAACCGGAACCAGCAGCGGGAGCAGGUUUUGCACAAGUAAAGAAACACCAAGAGCCGGACUCGCCACGACUAUUAGACGACCGCUCCAAGAUCAUGAUCAAGAAAGAACAGGAAAACCCUGGCAACGACCCAUCCGCGUCCCUGUCCAGGCAGGGCGGUUCCAGUCAGCACCAGCCAGCAGCGAAUCCUGGUCCUGAUUUUGAAAAAAGCGGAAAAACUAGCAUCAAGCAAGAGAAAAGAUCAUCGGCGUCACCCAUGGUUAGCGAAACUCCUAUUUUGAAAGCUGAGUCUCUUGAUUCUCCCGACGUUCAAUUCAAGGCAGAAGUGCCCCCUCCUGAAAACGUGACGAUUGAAAGAUCCAUCAAGCGGGACCCAGAGCUGAUCACCACGAGUUCGGCCGGAGAGCGAGAGAAGUGCGCUUCCACGACCCGAAUCAAGUGCGCGCCCACCUCACCCGGGGCCGCUGGUCGUCGCUGCAGCCGGGUCAACUGCGAGCCUGAAUGCACGAGCAAGCGCGAUCCUGUGCGCAUUAAGAAAGAGCCCACUUCACCAACGUCGCCGGAAUCACCCCGGUUUCGGGUCAAGCAAGGUCUCAUCUUCCCCAAUACUUGCGAGGAGGCAGGAACAUUGCGCGCCAAGAAGGAGCAGCACUCGCCUUCCACUAAAACGCAGUCAGAACGUAUCGGCUUUUUGGGUCGUCCACUGCAACAAGUAAAGCGGGAAGCUGCACCCGUUUCCGUGAAUAGGUCUGCGAACAAUGCGACAUGCGAAACACAACAAAACGCAGGGGGGCAUUUGGUUGGUGACGAGAAAAGCA